UUGCAAACAUUAACUAUUUCGCUCGUUCCCAGUUCAUAAGCACUAAUAGCCUCCAUGCUGCCUUCGAAAAUGGAUUAAACAAAUUGGUCAGCCGCCGUGCCUGAUACUGACCUUUAAUAAUGUAAGUCUUUACAGUCAACCUCUCCAGAAAUAGGACAUCUCUUUCUAUGACGUAGGGCCUUACAGUAUCUUGAUCCGCCCCUGCUGAGAGAAAAGAAGGGGCGUGGUUAGCGAGAGAGAGAGAGAGAGAGAGAGAGGGAAUCUUAACAUUAGAAGAUAGUCGGUAUGUAGCAGCGCGAAGCAGCACACCGGGAUUACGACGAGGCAAAACUCUGCUUGGACACAAACAAUAGGAGCGGCAUUGAAAAUAUAAAACAGCCGACGAUGAUACGAGCCUUGUGUGCUUGAAGUAAAACCGAAAACUUGCCAUUUUCCUGCACAUUUUCCCCGUUUUUGAACGAAAAUGGCUAACGACUCUCCGGCUAAAAGUCUGGGAGAGAUAGACCUGGCAUCUCUGCGGGACCCUGCUGGGAUUUUCGAGCUGGUAGAAGUGGUCGGAAAUGGCACCUAUGGACAAGUGUACAAGGGUCGACAUGUCAAGACUGGACAGCUGGCGGCCAUUAAGGUCAUGGACGUCACUGAGGAUGAAGAGGAAGAAAUUAAGCUAGAAAUCAACAUGCUUAAGAAAUACUCCCAUCACCGAAACAUUGCCACCUACUACGGAGCCUUCAUCAAGAAAAGUCCACCAGGUCAUGAUGAUCAACUAUGGUUGGUUAUGGAGUUUUGUGGAGCUGGAUCCAUCACAGAUCUGGUAAAAAACACCAAAGGCAACACACUAAAGGAAGAUUGGAUUGCCUACAUCUCCAGAGAGAUCCUCAGGGGAUUAGCUCACCUUCAUGCCCAUCACGUAAUCCAUCGAGACAUUAAGGGACAAAACGUGCUACUGACUGAAAACGCUGAAGUCAAACUAGUGGACUUUGGUGUAAGUGCACAGCUGGACAGGACAGUGGGUCGGAGGAACACCUUUAUCGGGACGCCCUACUGGAUGGCUCCAGAGGUCAUUGCUUGCGAUGAAAACCCCGACGCUACCUAUGACUACAGGAGUGACCUGUGGUCCUGUGGAAUCACUGCCAUAGAGAUGGCCGAAGGAGCUCCACCUCUUUGUGACAUGCAUCCAAUGAGAGCACUCUUUCUCAUCCCUAGAAAUCCUCCUCCUCGACUCAAGUCCAAAAAAUGGUCGAAGAAGUUCUUCAGCUUCAUCGAGGGCUGCCUGGUGAAGAACUACACCCAACGUCCUCCCACUGAGCAGCUGCUCAAACACCCUUUCAUCCGGGACCAGCCCAAUGAGAGGCAGGUCCGCAUUCAGCUCAAAGACCACAUCGACCGGACCAAGAAAAAGAGGGGCGAGAAGGACGAGACGGAAUAUGAAUACAGUGGAAGUGAAGAAGAGGAGGAAGAGGCAUCUGAACAAGAAGGCGAACCAAGCUCUAUCGUCAACGUACCCGGUGAGUCCACGUUGCGGCGCGACUUUAUCCGCCUGCAGCAGGAGAACAAGGAGCGCUCAGAGGCUCUGCGGCGGCAGCAGCUCCUCCAGGAGCAGCAGCUGCGCGAGCAGGAGGAGUACAAGCGCCAGCUACUGGCUGAGAGGCAGAAACGCAUUGAGCAGCAGAAGGAGCAGAGGCGACGGUUGGAGGAACAACAACGUCGCGAGCGUGAGAUGAGGAGGCAGCAGGAGCGCGAGCAGCGCCGGCGCGAGCAGGAAGAGAAGCGGCGCAUCGAGGAGCUGGAGCGCCGUCGAAAAGAGGAGGAGGAAAGAAGGAGGGCCGAGGAGGAGAAGAGGAGAGCUGAUCGUGAACAGGAGUACAUCCGUCGUCAGCUGGAGGAGGAGCAGAGACACCUGGAGAUCCUGCAGCAGCAGUUGCUUCAUGAACAGGCCAUGCUGCUGGAGUACAAAUGGCGGGAGCUGGAGGAGCAACGUCAGGCUCAGAAGCUCCAGAAACAGCUGCAGCAGGAACAGGCCUACCUGCUGUCACUCCAGCAAAACCCAAAUCUGGACGCUAGCAAAACAGCUAGCCUCAAAUCCCUACAGGACCACGAACCUGGGAAAGUAAAUCCCCCACAGACCCCUGGCCUGGACACAACCGCAGCGCCUUCGUCCAAACCAGGGCAGAGUUUUGACUCUGAGAAGACACGGUCUGGUCAGAGUCUGGAGAAAACUAAAGAUGCCGCGCUUCCUGUCAAGGACCUCCAAGGCUCCACCCCUGACUCUGAGUCUGUCAGAGAGGCUGAUGAGCGAUACAGGAAGAAUGUCCAAGGUUCGCCUCAGUCAGCUCCAACCAAACCCCAGCAGUCGGCUCCAACCAAACCCCAGCAGUCGGCUCCAACCAAACCCCAGCAGCCACCAGUGCCGCCAAGGUCUGAGUCUUCCUACCCCAACGGAAACUCGGCUUCGGAGGCGCCUGCCAUGCAUCGACCCGUGGAUCCUCAGGUCCGCUCACAAGUGGCUGCUCUUAAAAGCAGCAACACUGUGACCUCAAACUCCUGCGCCACCGUGCCACCCGCCAUGUCUCGCUCGCACUCCCUCAGCGAGCCACUUGCCUCUAGCUUUGAAAACCUCCACCUUCGCAACAACCAUGAACCCCACCAACACCAUCAUUACCUUCCAUCUUCAUCCUCAUCUCCAUCCUCAUCAUCAUCAUCAAUCACGCCUGCACGCACUGAACCCCAACCCCACCACCACCACCACCCUCAGGCUAGACCCUCACUGUCAGAGGAGGGUCCACCCAGGGUUCCUGUCAGGACAACAUCCAGAUCUCCAGUGCUGUCGAGGCGAGACUCGCCUCAACAUAUCAGCAACACGCCACACAGUGGCCAUGCUGUGCACCGCAGCACAGCGGAGCCUCGUCUGCUGUGGGAGCGAGUGGAGAAACGUGUUCCCAGACCAACCAGUAACAACGGAAGUGGAGGUUCCAGUUCCUCCAGCAGCUCCAGCAACUCUAGUUCUCAGACUGGUUCUCACUGUGGUUCUGGAGAGAGGUUCAGGGCUCGCUCUUCCUCCAAAUCGGAGGGUUCACCCCUUCAACGUCCAGAGAAUUCUGGGAAAAAAGCAGAGGAAAGGAAGGACCUGGUCAGGCCAGGCAGACCUGCGGAUCUAACAGCUCUGGCCAAGGAGCUGAGAGCUGUGGAUGACGUUCGCCCUCAGAAUAAGGUGACAGAUUAUUCAUCGUCUAGUGAAGAAUCAGACACAACGGAUGAAGACGAUGAUGAGGAGGUGGAUCAGGAGGCUGGCGAAGAGUCCACCUCUGGUCCAGAGGACACCAAAGCAGUACUGAGCAAUGGUGAAACUGAGUCGGUAAAAACCAUGAUCGUGCACGAUGAAGGCGAGAGCGACAAGGGGUCAACGCCCUGCAAGGACAGCACUCUGAUUGUCAGACAGAGUUCAGGUGACAACAGAAAGCGUACGGGCCCCAGCCUGGGCCAAACACAGAUCCCCGGCCUGCUCACAAACUUUCUUCCGAGCCCCGGCUCGGGACCAGUCCCCGGUCUUGUCCACCACACACCCAGCCCCCACCACAACCAUCAUCAUCCCCACCACCUUCACCAUCACCACACCACAACACAGCCUGUGGACAGAAACGGCUUUGCUGGCCGCAUCCACCACCUCCCUGACCUGAUCCAGCAGAGCCACCAUUCCACACCCUCCUCCUCUACAUCCAACUCCCCCUCCUCCUCCAGCCUCGUCAGUCCAUCCUCCAUGUCCCCACAGAGUCCACUGGAAAAGCUCAGCAUCCUCACAGAGAGCCAGUCCAGUAACAACAUGCAGAAACACAAGUCUUCUUCCUCCUUCACACCUUUCAUCGACCCCCGUCUUCUGCAGGUCUCUCCGUCCACUGGCAGCGCCCUCAACAAUGUUGCCCUUCCCUCUGAUCUUCUAGGCUACGCCAACGACGCCCGGCUGGCAGAGGCUCUGAGGGCUGAUCCAUCUCGUAAAGGCUCAGUGGUCAAUGUCAACCCGGUCAACACUCGCCCACAGAGCGACACACCAGAGAUCCGCAAAUACAAGAAGAGGUUCAACUCAGAGAUCCUGUGUGCUGCUCUCUGGGGUGUGAACCUCUUAGUGGGAACAGAGAGUGGUCUGAUGCUGUUGGACCGCAGCGGUCAGGGAAAGGUCUACCCUCUGAUCAACCGAAGGCGCUUCCAGCAGAUGGACGUCCUGGAGGGACUCAACGUCUUGGUCACUAUAUCAGGUAAAAAGAACAAGCUUCGUGUUUAUUAUCUGUCCUGGCUGAGGAACAAGAUCCUGCACAAUGAUCCUGAAGUGGAGAAGAAACAAGGCUGGACCACCGUAGGAGACCUGGAGGGUUGCGUCCACUACAACGUUGUGAAAUACGAGAGAAUCAAGUUCUUGGUUCUGGCUCUGAAGAACUCAGUUGAGGUCUAUGCCUGGGCACCAAAGCCCUACCACAAGUUUAUGGCCUUCAAGUCUUUUGGUGACCUGGUUCACAAACCCCUGCUGGUUGACCUGACUGUGGAGGAGGGUCAGAGGCUAAAGGUCAUCUAUGGCUCAUGCUCAGGCUUCCACGCCGUGGACGUCGACUCCGGUGCCGUCUACGACAUCUACCUGCCCACUCAUAUCCAAACUAGUAUUCAGCCUCACGCCAUCAUCAUCCUGCCCAACACCGACGGCAUCGAGCUGUUGGUGUGCUACGAGGAUGAGGGCGUAUAUGUCAACACCUACGGACGCAUUACCAAGGACGUGGUGCUGCAGUGGGGGGAGAUGCCCACAUCAGUGGCCUACAUUCGUUCCAACCAGAUCAUGGGUUGGGGAGAGAAGGCCAUCGAGAUCCGCUCAGUGGAGACUGGACACUUGGACGGAGUCUUCAUGCACAAGAGAGCCCAGAGACUCAAGUUCCUCUGUGAGAGAAAUGAUAAGGGAGUCCUCGACUUCCAUCGGAGUUCCGUUCCUAUGAUGCGACGUAACUUGAUUUUUGCCGUGUUCUUCGCCUCCGUUCGCUCUGGAGGCUCCAGUCAGGUGUAUUUCAUGACUCUGGGUCGAAGCAACCUGCUCAGCUGGUAGAAGUCCAACACCCUCGUCCUGCUCCUCUUUCUUCCUCCUCCUCAUCAUCAUCAUACUACUCCUUGUCCUCCACCCUCACUAACACUGGAUCCCAGAACCCGCUGUCAACCUCUUGUCAGCACUUCGACGACCAAAAACCGCGACGACCACUUUCUUUGGACUGACCGACAAACAGCAGCUUCGCCUUCUUCUCUGAACCUGCGUUGCCUCCAGGAUGUGACAUCAUAAGUAUAUGUCCAAAAUCUGUAGGUAAUUAUUGUGUGGAAGAAAGAAAAAAAAUGUGAAUUCAAGAAAGAAUCGGGGGAAAUAUUGUUCUUUCAUUUCCCCCGUUUUCUUUCUUGGUGCUCUUCUGUUUGAAGUUGGAUAGAUGUCUCACCUCGGCAUUGUUUCCUGAGCUGAUCACAAACCUUCAGCUACUACUACAAGUACUGGUACCACUAUAUUACUUCUACUUCUACUACCUUCUGCAGGUCUGCCUCUUGGUCAAAGAACUCCUCAGACUGAACAUUCUUUCCCUGGGCCUUUUUACUUAGCUCCCUACGACAAGUCGACACGGCUGGAGUCUGUAUCAAUGCUAACGUGGUGUGUGCCGGUGUGUGUGUGUGUGCGCGGGUGUAAUUGUUUUUAUGUUUGGUCCAAUCACUGCUGACUAACUGGGUCUAGUUGGAGACAUUCGAUUGAAGGCAGAAUGUGUGACGUGGUCAGGGGUUAAUGCUUAAGGUUUUGCUGUAAGUCAGUGGUUAAAACAGGAUUGAACUGAAGGCUGAAACAAGUGUAGACAAUGACAGAGAGAGAGAAAGCGAGAGAGAGAGAGAGAACGUGAUGUUGAAGACGAUGAUGAUGGAGUCAGAAUUGUAUUUUCCUGAAAUAUAACUAACUAUUCCUUGGAAAUUAGUGUAACUAUGUGAAGUUCAACGUUACUUUUAAGUUCGACUUUUUUUUUUUUUUAAAAAACCACACAACCGUAGUUUACCGUUUGCCUGUGUUUUUGAGAAGACAGUGGCUGUGGUCCAGAAUAAAAAGUUAUCAAAUUUAAAAAAAAAGAAAAAAAUAGUGUCUAUGUACAAUUAAGUUACGCUUCCUGAAAGUGUUUGUUUUACUAAUUGGCAAAUUAACCUAUAGGGGGCAAAACAGUAAGGGUGUUUUUAUUAGAGGUUGAUGUGAAAUAACAGGGGUGGAAAAAAAAUGUUAAGAAAAUGGAUGCAGUCGUUAGUGUGUUUUAUGACUGUCGUUUUUUCCCCCCCAAAAAAAUCAAAUGACAAAAUAUUAAUUGACAGUGUCAUGAUGAAUCUGCGAAGAUAUGUUGUUAGGUUAGCCCGGCAUUUUAAGGUAGUUCCUGCAGGGGGCGUGCCAAAGUGGGUGGCGAGUAAUACUACCAAUGUUAAAACAAUGCAUUUAGGUGCAUUCACACCAAAGGGAAAACUUUUUUGGAAAGACAUACGGACAGUGUCUCCGAUUAAGUCGUCGCUCAAUCCCAUGAGCAAGAAACAACAUUUAAAGUUCGCUGCUCACCACUUGUUACAAUAACAGUCGAGAAUUUGUUGUCAAAGCUUCUGGUGCUGGAAGUUCAUGUUUGCCUGGUUGUUUCAGAUUCCAGACUGUGUUGUGCACCUACAAAAAGGAAGGUUUAAGCUUUUCAGUAGCCUUGGCUUAAAUCAGGAAGUACAAGUCUGUCCAUAUUCUAGAUGCCAAAUUAGACUCACGUCCCUCCUUUUGCUAUGCAGACUUGAUCUAUUACACCGGAUUUCAGAUUAUGUAUUCUCAAAUUCCAACUUUUCUUUUUCCAUUUAAAAAGACAUUUGAAUUUUUGGAGAAAAAGGACAGAUCUAAGGUUUGUGUGUGAUCAUGUAAGUUCAGUUCUGGCAAGUAUUUUCAAGGCCGAAAUGCAAGAAUGUGUUUGAGGCAGUCUGUGUUUCUGCCCAGGAGGGGAUGUUCUUUUUUUCGUUUCUAUCAAUCAUCUCAUUUUCACAUCAUGUCAUUUUUUUUUUUUUUAAUCUGUAUUUUUUUUUAUUUUUUAUGAAUGCACUUGGUGUCGAGAAUGUAGAAAGACUAUAUAACUGUGUGCUGGUCCAAAGGCAUGAGAUGAUGUUUUCUGUUUUGCUUUGUAUCUUAGUCACAAGUGGUUAAUUCUAGAUGUUACGAUUUUUACAGCCUCCGCGACAAAUCCAUGUUAGGUCAAAAGGUCAUUUCCAGAAUCUGAGGAAAUGUUCAAGGAGGACACGAGGACUAGUUAAACUCUCACGGACUUUAGGAUUUCAGUGUUACUGUAAUAACGUGUCAUAAAACAGAAAAGGUGGAGCAGAACGCCUCAGUCCACAGACAGCCUUUCUGUUGUUUUUAAUUUUUUAUUAUUUAAGUUUUCUGUAUAUGUGAAAAAAAACUAUCUAACGUGAACUGGGUCACAACUUUCCUGAUUUUUUUUCUUUGUUUUUUUUUUUUGUUUGUUUGUUUUUUUUUUUUUUUUUUUUUUUUGUUUGUUUGUUGUUUUUUUUUUUUUUUGAUCAGGCAGUGUUUGGGCACGCCUUCAUGUACAGAGAAGCUGUCAGGACCCCAGUGAUGUGUUUUUUGAGGUCUGUUCGGUGUUGUGUAUUAACACAUCAAGGAUUUGAUGAAUAACGAAUCAAAUAUUGUUAUUAAUGAUGUAAUAAUUUAUGAUGUUCUAAUUAUCUGCGGUCCUGUUCACCAACGCCCGUCUCACCAGAAGUCCUCUUUUAAGGUUAUGCAUCAGUUUCCCGCCUUUAAAACAUGGCGUCUCUUCAAUGCAAAUGGAUAAGGUUCAUCGUAAACCUGCACCGUGCAUACGUAAGUCGUUGUUAUUUCAACGGGAAAUGCUUCCUGUGUCAUUCAGAAGAACUGCCAAUAGAGCCGUGUUCAGCUAAUGUAUGACGUACAAAAAACAAACUUGGACAGUUUUUAGGCCUAGUCAAGAGAAUUCACUGUAGUUUUAUUACUACUAUUCCUGUACUUUCCUGUUCACAUUAGACGGAGAUGUUUACUGCAGCCGUGGUUUUUUUUAAACUUCACGCGUCUUCAUUCGCAUCGUCUGAUUUUUCGAUUUAGUUUUUGUCUUUAAGUCACACUAACACACAGACCAAUAAUAACGAAGAACACAGGUUUGUUCAGUUCAGGUUUUGACGUGACACGUGCUUCAGCAAACAAUUUGAACGUGAGGCCACACACACACAUAUAUAUAUAAAUAUAUAUUUUUUCCCUCUGCUGUUUCUGUCAUGCUUCUCUCUAACUUAUGUCUUCUCUGUGUAUGACAGAAAGUCAUGUAUUUUCCUUGAGGCAUUUUUCUUUAAUUAAAGUUGAAAAUUCUAAUUAUAAAA